AUGUAUUGUACAUUAAAAAUACGUAUUGAAUUUUUUUAUUUGUUUAAGAUUGCAUUGAAAGUUAUCACAAAUGCAUUCAUCAUGGAUUCCAAUGUCGGUCUUGACUACAUUGUUGAUAAUCCGGACUACUGCAAGAAACUAGCAUCAGCUCUCGACACGGCGUGUGCCUCCGUUAAGAAACAAGUUGUCGAGUUAUUAUCAGCGCUGUGUGUAUACAGUCAGGAUGGCAGACAACGCGCUAUCGACACUCUUCACAUAUACCAGGAUAAAAAAAGCGAGCGCUAUCGUCUACGAGUUAUUGUCGACGAGUUACAAAAAACAACAACAGAAGAUUAUCAAGCGGCAUUGUUAGCAUUCAUAAACUGCCUGGUUAUCUCGACGGCGGUCCUCAAGGACCGCGUUCGUAUACGUAAUGAAUUCAUUGGCUUGAAGCUGCUGCCUAUUCUCAAUGACUUGAGGAAGCAAAAGAGCCAGUACCCGGAGCUGAGGGUUCAGCUGGAAGUCUUCGACGACCAGAGGGAAGCCGAUGAAGAACUUACUAACCAAGGUCCCCCUGGAAUCGAUCUCUCCUCGCAUGUCGAUGUCUUCUACGCUAUUUUAGGCCAGAUCGCAGAUACGCCGCAAGAAAUAGCUUUCUUGAGUAUUCUCCAACAUCUGUUGAGGCUAGAUCCAAAGGAGCCGGCCAGCGAUCUUGCUUGGGACACUGCUGAGACUUUAGUACACCGUGCGACGUUACUUGAGAGCCGUAAUGACGCGACGAAGCUCUUGAGAUCACCGAGUCUUCAAACAAAUUUAUGCUGUCAUUGUCGAAGUGCUGAUCAAACGUGCAGUACACCUCGUAAACCAUCAUUGCCAAGCAGUAGUCCGGCUCCAUUACCGCCCCCGCUUCCGUCAGGUGGAACUUCACCUGGAAUAAUAUCUUCACCAGCAGCUCAAAGUCCACCCACAAGCAUUGCGUUGGCUCCGCCGCCUCCUCCGCCGCUUCUCGUCGCCGUGACUGCUCCCGAUGCAGUCAUGGAGCCUCCACUACCUCCACCUCUCCAUGUGCCAGCGGUUAAUCGGAUCCCGACACCCGAACCGCCCAGCAAUAAUGCAAAGCUUUUACCUCAGCAGGAAAUUCCCACGCCAAAGUCCAAAAUGAAGACUAUCAAUUGGAACAAGAUACCCAAUCACAAGGUCAUUGGCAAGAGAAACAUUUGGUCGUUAGUUGCUAAUGAGCAUCAGAAUUCCCCGAUGGCUGACUUAGAUUGGGCUGAAAUGGAGGGUUUGUUCUGUCAACAAGCACCACCUAUUUUACCUCCGGCUACUUAUACUUUGUCCAGUGGAACUGGCCAAGACACUGAACGUCGUCGACGUGAACCUAUGGAGAUUGCUUUAUUAGACGGCAAAAGAAGUCUAAAUGUCAACAUAUUCUUAAAACAAUUCCGAAGCUCUAACGAAGACAUAAUUCAGCUGAUCCGCGAUGGUGGUCACGAUCAUAUAGGAGCUGAAAAAUUACGCGGGUUACUUAAAAUUUUACCCGAAGUAGACGAGCUCGAGAUGCUUAAGAGUUUCGAUGGCGAUAAAUCGAAACUUGGCAACGCUGAAAAGUUUUUCCUUCAACUCAUCCAAGUGCCAAAUUAUAAAUUGAGGAUAGAGUGUAUGCUGCUGAAAGAAGAAUUUGCAGCAAACAUGAAUUAUCUGGAACCGAGUGUUGACUCAAUGAUUCUCGCCGGCAAAGGUUUGAUGACUAAUAAACAGCUUCAAGAGGUGCUAUACAUGGUUCUAGUAGCUGGAAACUUUCUUAACUCAGGAGGAUAUGCCGGUAAUGCAGCGGGUGUUAAAUUGUCGUCGCUGCAAAAGUUAACAGAAAUACGAGCCAAUAAACCGGGAAUGAAUCUCAUUCAUUAUGUUGCUCUGCAAGUUGAGAGGAAACGGAAGAAUUUGUUGGACUUUUCUCAUAAAAUGAGCGCACUUGAACCGGCUACGAAAACUACUAUCGAACAAUUAACAAACGAAUUCAAUGCUUUAGACACUAAAAUAAAGAAGAUAAAAAAUCAAAUUCAAUUAUCAACGACUGAAAGCGAUAUUCAGGAACAAAUGGCCCAAUUUUUACAGAUGGCCGAACAAGUAAUGACGCAAUUAAAGCGAAAUAUGGAAGAGCUAGAAGGCGUAAGACGUACGCUCGCUGAAUUUUUCUGCGAAGACAUAAACACCUUUAAAAUAGAAGAAUGUUUUAAAAUAUUGCACCAGUUUUGUUUGAAGUUUAACCAAGCGAUCGCUGAAAAUGAAAGACGGAGGAUACAGGAAGAGCAAGCAACUGCGAGACGUAAACAACGGGAAGAACAACUGCUGGCGAAAAAGCGGCUUUUAAAUAACCCGGCAGAUAUCCCCGGCUCAGAGUCUGAGAGCAAUUUAAUGGAUUACGGGCUCUUAGACAUUCAGAGUUUCGCCAGACAGUCGUAUAAUCGCAGCGAAGCUAAAAUAAAAAGACUACAGCAAAACGGCGGAGUUACUUCUGAUGAAGACAUAUCAAUAACCGGAUCACCGAGUAUCAGACGUCGACUUGGAUCGUGCUCGGGCGGUCCCGAUCAGCAAAUUACCAAAGAAGAUACUUACUCACCGGACAUUACUCCUAAUGGAACUCUCAGGCGACGCAGAAGCCGUAUUCCAUGCGAAGAUAAUGACGAUAAUCUGAUGGACUUUUUGAGAACUUCUGGUCAAGAUAACACGCGCGAGCGUAAAUCUUGGGGAAGUUUGGAUCGAUCGUGGGCAAGGCGAGCUAGAGGACAGCCUCGUCGCAGCGAUUUAUUGAAUGCAGACUUUUCAGGCGAUCGUGAAAGACCCAAUUCUCCGUCUCCUUUGGCAGAAAAUAAAGCCUUUUUACAGGAAGAAGAAACUAAACCUACUGGACGAGCGUGGCGACAAAAAAUCGAAGCUUGGUUAUCAGAAAAUGAAAAAGAAGAAAAAGCUGGAAAAGAAUUACAACGAAGAGCGCGACAGUUACAGGCUAACAGAAAGUCCUUCGAGGAUUCAGAAAAUGAAGGCAAAACCAACACAACAGAAGAAAAUUCACGUUCUGGUUAUUCAAAUGUCUACGACUGGCGCCCUUCAGUUGAAAAGACUGACGUUAUGCGAACCAUGGAAGCUAUUGAAGAAGCUCAACCCGAUUCAGCCCAAACGGACAAAUCACCCUGGAGAAAAUCAAGCCUAAACGUUCCCAACAGCCCGGAAGAAAUAGACCCUCGUUACUCUCGACGGAUAAGAUCUCGCCUGACAAACGACAACGUUUUGGGUUCAAGUACAUUACAAGCCAUCAGAGAAGAAGAGCGAAAGAAAAAUAAACCAAACGAAGCAGCCAACGACGGCCAAGACGAGCUGACAAUUUAUCUCCGUACCCCAAGUGUCUCCGCGCCAAGUUCAGUGGCCCGAAGAUUCUCAAAAUCCGGAAAAAAGUCCGAAGAAGAUAAAUCAUCCGUCAGCGAUAAGAUUGAAAUCGACUCAGAUAACAUUGAGACACCUCCCGUGACCCGUCGAGUGUUCAGCCCUCCCCGGGAAGUGAAACCCGUCGACAAAGAGCCUUGCAAGCGCGAGCGCUGCAGCAGUUCUAUUACAGCCCGUGAUUUCACGAAAGUAUCUGCAAGCAGCACUCCCAAUAAACCAACACCAGAAAGUGACCUCGGAAGCGGUAACUUUGACCGCUACGCCGCAGCUCGCAAGACCAGACGCUACAAGAAGAGCCAAGACAACCCAGUAGACAAAGAUAGCACCGGAGUUUCUUCCGAGCUUGAAGACAAACCUCAGCGUCCCAAUACUUUGUCUCUCUCAGAAGACAACGAUCUAGAUGAAGAUAAAAUGCUGAGACUCUGGCAAGAUAAAUUAAAGCGCCGACACGCGACUAAUGACUUUGAGUCCGCUUUAACGGAGAUUGCUGCCAAGUCUAAUACCGAGGAAGUUAAUCAGCGAUUAGCUAGGCAUAGAAGUUCAAGACUGCCUAUCACCCAACCGGCUCCGGUUGUUGCUGUUACUAAUACUGUUUUGAGUCCAGUUAUGCAAGAGUCGCGGCCCAGGGAGAUGACUCCGGUCUGGCCUGAACGGGCAGUCUCUUGUAGGGAGAGACAUCGCAGCAUGAUUGAUCCCAGUCAAGUUCGCGAAGCUAUGAGGAUGACCAGCAACCCGCCCAGUCGCGUUAAUGAAGCCAAUGCUGUUGUUGUUACCAAUGGAGACCAAGAAGUGGUUCCAGCUUUGCGUGUGACUUCUCCAGAGCCUAAAAAUGACCAGGUUAAAGAAAAAGAGACCAAUGAAGGCUUGGUAACUGUAAAAGGAAGUGAUAAGGUUGAUAAAAGUUCAUCUAGUCCCUGUAAAACUUCGCCAGUCUUCAAGAGCAAGUUUUUACCAGAGGUUAAUAUCUCCUCGACACACUUGGUGAAGGGCAAGGAGCUGGAGCUCAAUGAUGAAGGCUUUGAAGAGACCCAGAGUCUUGUUUCAGAGACUCUUAGUCAGGAAACUUCUUCGGGUAAUUAUGAAACUGAUAUUCAUGAUUCGCCUCGUUGCUCUCCGGCUGAGAUGAGGUAUGUUAAAGAGGCUCCUGAGCCGAAGAGAGUGAUUGGCAAGGACGAGAUUGCGAGGCUCAAGUCUUUUAGGGCGAGGACCAAGCCGGAGAGCGACAAGAUUAGCUUUUUGAAGAAAUCGGAAAGUCCCAAGCGCGAGCUUAAGAAAAUUGACUCGAGCAAGAAGAUUGUCCCGAAUAAAACUGUGACUGGGCUGACGCGCAAUCCGGUGGAAAAGUCGGCUUCUAGGAGUAGUUUGAGGAGUUCUAAGAGCUCUUUGAACAGUGCGAGCUCGGUUAAUACUGUUAGGAAGUUAGCGCCAAGCCAUCCGCAGCUCAGGGGGUACACUUCGGCUAUUUGUGCCAUGACCAGUGAUCUGAGGAAAAAUUCUAGGUCGCUGGUUAAAGAAGGUGGGAAAGAGGGAGAGAAAAGACAGGUGGCUUCGAGGGUUGGUAGUAAGAUUCCUGCUAGCAGAAGCAGCAGUAGCGAGAGCAGUGUUGGUCCCGUGGUGCGAAAUGUUCGAAAAAUUCAGUCAGGAAUAAGUGAAAGCACGAGACCAAGACCUGUUGUUUCCCGUAGCAGCAGCAGUGUGUCAACCCCGAUGCUUCAAAAUCGGACUCCAAGCUCAAAGACUUUGACGUCGACUCCCAGUAGGAGUAAACUGGUCCAGCCUCGCAAUCAUAGCUUCAUGAGACCUACCGCUGCUAGUGUCAAUAAAGGUUCAAUAUCUAAUUUACCUAAAAGCAUUAAAAGUCUGGUUAAAUAA